AUGUCUCAGCCCGCUGUCCCCAAGCUCUUCCAGCCUGUGAAGGUUGGACAGCACUGGCUUGGGCACCGAGUCGUCAUGGCCCCCCUCACGCGGUACCGUGCAAACAAGGCACACGUCCAUGGCGACCUUGCGGUCACCUACUAUAGCCAGCGUGCGAUCAUGCCAGGAACUCUGCUGAUCUCGGAAGCGGCAUUCAUCUCGCCGAAGGCGGGAGGAUUCGACAACGUUCCGGGAAUCUGGAAUGACGAGCAGGUGGCUGGAUGGAAGCCGAUCACCGACGUGGUCCACGAAAAAGGGUCGCGUAUAUUCUGCCAACUCUGGGCGCUUGGACGCGGAGCAAUCCCAGAAGUCCUGGACAGAGAAGGCCUCCCAUACGUCAGUUCCGGGGACAAGCGUCUAAUGCGUGAACCACGCACCCCAAGGCCCUUGACUAUUCCUGAGAUCAAAGAGUACAUAGACAUGUAUCGCGAUGCUGCUCGUUGUGCCGUGCGCGCGGGCUUCGAUGGGGUUGAGGUCCACGGUGCCAACGGAUACCUAGUCGACCAAUUUACGCAGGACGUGUCGAACAACCGGACGGACGAGUAUGGCGGCUCGAUCGAGAAUCGCUGCAGGUUUGCGCUCGAGGUGGUCGAUGCCAUCGCGAGCGCGAUUGGUGCGGACAAGACCGCUAUCCGUUUCAGUCCAUGGGGCCAAUUUGGAGAUAUGCUAAUGGAUGAUCCCAAGCCGACCUUUGGGUAUCUUGUGUCUGAGCUCGCCAAACGGCACCCGGACCUCGCAUACAUCCACGUCGUAGAGCCGCGCGCGCACGGGGACCUCGACCGGGACGUGCAACCGGGCGAGAGUAACGUCUUCCUGCGUGAUAUCUGGAAGCCGCGCCCGUACAUCGCUGCCGGCAACUACACGCGCGAGACGGCUUUCGAGGAUGCAGAUAAGUAUGGCGACCUUAUUGCGUUCGGCCGCUUGUUCAUACCCAACCCCGACCUACCCCUGCGGCUUGCGAAGGACCUCCCUAUUGCGAAGGGCAGCCGCGACUUAUACUAUGUGCCGGAGGAGCCGCAUGGUUACAUCGACUACCCCUUCUCGGAUGACCCCAACGCUAGACUGUGA